ACGAAGCUUCGAAGCUGAAGUGCUUGGUGUGUGGAGUGGAGCUAAUUGAAAUGGCUGGGAAGACAGCGAAGUCGAAGUGUUUCUCGUCUCCCUAUCACCCGGAGACGGUGAAAGUUCUGUUCGCUUCAUCAGUUUUCGGUCGAGAACAGCUGCAAGUUGUGAAGCUGCCUGCGUCUGGUUUCAAUUGGCAAUCUCUCAAGAACGUUCCUGGUUUUGCUCGAAAUUUUCCGGUUGUUCUCACCACUGAUGGCCAAACGCUGUUCUCAACAACUUCCAUUUGCCGAUGGCUGUACGGUGUAGAUGAGACUUGUUCGUGUAGCGUUUUGGACAAGUGGUGUGAAUUUGACAACUCCACAUUGCUGCCAUGCGUUGCUGAUGCAUUGAAGGCUGAUGAUGCCAAUGGUAGUGGUCCCCUUCAGGCUGCCCUCGCUUUACUGGAGGCAUCACUGGGUGGCAAGAAGCGCUUUGUUGGUGAUGCAUCUCAGUCACUGAGCCUUGUUGAUUGUAUGCUGUUUGGUAGUCUGCUGCCAUUGCUGUCAUUGUUCCACCAAGCACUAGCAUCGUACCCCGUACUCAGUGCUUGGUAUCAGAGUAUUCAGGGAUUACCUGCUGUUGAGCAAGCUGUGUCAGCAGUGUCGUCCAGCUACUGUGAGCCAGCCGAUGUUGCGAAGUUCUUCACCUCUGCGGCUGCAGCUCAACAUGAGCAGUCACAAGCUGAAGCUGGUGAUGGCAAGAAAGGAGGAAAAGCGAAGAGUCAAAAGUCCCAGAAGCCCUCACAGCAGAAGGGUCAGGCAGCAAAACAAGCUGAUGCGCCUGCUCAACCAGCAUCCCCCGCUUUGGAUGCUACUGCUGAAGAGCUGGCGUUGGUUGAUGCAACGUGGGCUGCUAAGGAAGCCAAGGUGUGCGUACUCGAGCCCCGCCAACACCCGGUUUUGCCAAAGGAAGGAAAGCGCAACAUCUUGAUCACAUCAGCUUUGCCGUAUGUGAACAAUGUACCACAUCUUGGCAACAUCAUUGGCUGUGUGUUGAGUGCUGACUGCUAUUCAAGAUUUUGUCGUAUUCGCAACUACAACUGCCUAUAUAUCUGUGGCACUGAUGAGUACGGUACUGCUACCGAGACAAAGGCCCUGGCAGAAGGUAUGACCCCACAACAGAUCUGUGACAAGUAUCAUGCUAUUCACAAGUCCGUCUAUGAGUGGUUCAACAUUGACUUUGACUUCUUUGGCCGUACCACCACACCGGAACAGACAACCAUUGCUCAGGAUAUCUUCUGGCGUCUGAAGGAGAAUAACUUCUUGUCCGAAGACAGCGUUGAGCAACUUUGCUGCUUGAAGUGUGAUCGAUUUUUGGCUGACCGCUUUGUGGAGGGCACCUGCCCAUACCCUGAGUGUCAAUAUGUGGAUGCCCGCGGUGACCAAUGUGACAAGUGCCAACGUCUUAUCAACGCUGUAGAACUUGUUAGUCCUCGCUGCAAGGUGUGUGGCGCUACGCCAGUAGCCAAGUCCUCUCGCCAUAUCUUUGUCAACCUGCAAGAUCUUGAAGGUGAUCUCACUCAGUGGUAUGAGAAGUCAUCUGGAGCCGGCUGUUGGUCAUCCAAUGCCAAGGUGAUUACCAGUUCCUGGCUUCGCGAUGGCCUAAAAGCCCGAGGGAUCACGCGUGACCUGAAGUGGGGCACACCCGUGCCUCAGGAAGGAUUCACCGACAAGGUGUUUUACGUCUGGUUCGAUGCUCCCAUCGGGUAUUUAUCAAUCACAGCCAAUUACACCACUGAGUGGGAGAAGUGGUGGAAGAACCCUGAUCAGGUUCAACUGUAUAACUUCAUGGCUAAGGACAACGUUCCCUUCCAUAGCGUUAUCUUCCCAUCAUGUCUGAUCGGUGCAAAGGACAACUAUACAUUAGUCAAUCAUCUCAGUGCUACUGAGUAUCUCAACUAUGAGGAUGGAAAGUUCUCCAAGAGUCGUGGUGUUGGUGUCUUUGGCGACCAAGCAAAGGAGACCUCCAUUCCUGCUGAUGUAUGGAGAUUCUACUUGCUCUAUCUGCGUCCAGAAGGACAGGACAGUGCAUUCAACUGGGAUGACAUGGUCAGCAAGGUCAAUGGAGAGCUGCUCAACAACCUUGGUAACUUUAUCAACAGGGCAUUGUCUUUCUGCGCCAAGUUCUUUGGAGGCACAUUGUCUGAGCUGCAGUUGAAUGCUGAUGACAAGAAGUUCAUUGCAGCUGUCAACCGAGAGGUGGCCGAGUAUGUCAAGCUGCUCGAGGGAAUCAAACUGCGUCAAGGUCUUCGUAGUGUUUUGGCUAUCUCUCAACUUGGCAAUGGUUACAUGCAAGCAAACAAGCCAUGGGCUCUCCUCAAGGGCACACCCGAAGAUAAGGCCAGAGCUGGCAGUGUGAUCAAUCUCAGUGCACAGCUAGUGUGCCAACUGGCUGUCUUGCUGCAGCCGUACAUGCCGCAGGUUUCAGAGGAGAUCCGUGAUCAAGUCAAGUGUACUGGAGAUGUACUGUGCUGUGAUACACACUUUGCACGGCGUUUGAACGACGGUCACGCCAUCGGUCAGCCAACACCGCUGUUCAAGAAGCUGGAACCCGAUGAUGCCAAGAUGUACCGCGAGAAGUAUGGCAGCAAGUAAUGCACUUUGCUUGUGUAUACAUAUGAUACACUGUGCUUGAGCGUGUGUAUGAGUGUGAAUGUGCAUGUACCGGUAUACAGCUAUACAGCUACAUGUAGUUAUACAGCUAGUGAUCAUACAUGUGCACACAGUGGCUUGCUAUGUUGCUUAUCAUAACACACCAGUUUCUUGCUACUGUGGCUGAUUGCUACUGACAGUGCUGUGCACUAGUUGAGUAUAGUUUAGGAUUAGCAAGUGUGUUUGUACAUGGACUGCCUUUCUUGCUCGUUCGAUAUUUUCAUGUCAGUGCAUGGAAUUGCCUGCUAUCUGAUAUUAAUGCAUGGAGAAUUUGCUUGGCGUUUGUAUGCGUUCAAAAAAAGUCAAAAUGGUACGCUGUAUCAUGCAACCAUUGUGCAAUCAUCUUCUAUGAUUCCCUAUCCUAUUGCCUGAACUUUGAUCUUCUACUUUGCUAUCUCCUCAUUUCAAGUGCUAUAGUCCAACCAGGCCCCACUGGGAAACUGUGUUGCGUGCAGACAUGCUGAAUUGCUCUAUUUUCACAUACUCUUUCAAGUUUCUAGCACCGACUAGCGUUCUCUUUUCCAUGCGAAGCUUUGCAGAUCAACAUAUUUCAGAGAAACGAACAUCUUGCUAUGUUGA